AUGAUUAAGAGCAGGAUUUACUUCACUCUAGUAAUUUUAGUCAUUUUAAAAUCAUUUAAAAUAAAUAAAAAAUGGGAAAUAUUUAUUAAUGCAUGGUAUACACAUGAAGAAGUAGAUGAUGAUUAUAAUCAUACAAAGUUGUAUGAUGUGCUAAGUGUUGACAAAUAUGCAAGUACUGAAGAAAUAAAAAAGGCUUAUAGAAAAUUAUCGAAAAAAUAUCAUCCAGAUAAAGCAACAGAUAAAAAUUCAAAUAAUCGUUUUAAUGAAAUUGUAGAAGCUUAUGAAAUAUUAAGUGACGAAGAAAAGAGAAAAGUGUAUGACCAUCACGGAUUACAAGCCGCCAAAAAUGUAGAAAGAAAUAAAAUGGAUGAAGAUCCAACAGAUCAUUUUAAUGUCUAUGAAAGUUUUUUUGGUGGUGCUGGUUUUAAAAGAGAUGAAAUUAAAAAAGCAGAAAGUUUAACAUUAUAUGUUGAAAUGAAUUUAGAACAGCUGUACAAUGGGGAAUUUUUUUCUGUUGUGUAUACAAGAGAUGUCAACUGCUUAAGAAUUGAUGACUGUAUUGUGAAAAAAAAAGAAUGUAGUGGUAAAGGGUAUAAAACAAUUACACAACAAGUUGCCCCAGGUUUUAUUAUGCAAAAUAAAAUGAGAGAUGAUAACUGUAUUGAUAGGGGUAAAGCAUGGAAUGAAAAUUGUGCUUAUUGUCCAAAUGGUAUGAAAGAAGAAAAAACUAUUGAACUCACCUUAGAAAUUGAAAAAGGAAUGAAAACUAAUGAUAAGAUAGUUUUUGAAAAAAAAGGGAAGCAAGAAUUUGGUCAAGAACAUGGAGAUAUAAUUUUUAUAAUUGAAACAAAAAAACAUAAAAUAUAUGAAAGAAAAAAUAAUGAUUUACAUCAAUUUUAUGAAAUAUCCUUAAAAGAUGCUUUAGUUGGAUUUUCUAAACAUAUUGAUCAUAUUAGUGGGGCACCUAUUCAUAUAAACAAGCAAACGGUAACAUCUCAUAAUGAAAUUCUUAAAGUACAAAAUAAAGGUAUGCCUAUUAAAAACUCAAAUAAAUUUGGAGAUCUUUAUAUAAAAUUUUUGGUGCAAUUUCCCAAAAAUUUGACAGAAGAACAAAAAAAGGUUAUUUCAGAAUUGCUAUAA